UGGAUGGAAUCAACCACGUUAUCCUCUCUAUAUUUUCUUUCUCUUUCAUCUCGAACCAAACUUCAAAAAAAUAAAAAAAUAAAAAGCUAAAUAAACUAGAUUCUGGUCUCACACUGUAGUGACAACCAGCAAUCAAACAUCAUGGAACUCUCUUUGUUCCACCAUCAGCACCACCCUAUGCUUCUUCAUUGCCCUCUUCCCUCCAUUCUCUUAACAAGGACACACAAAAGGCUUAACAACAAAAGUUCAUGUAGGAUACCAUGCCACUGCUCAUAUUCUUCAUCGAACAAAACUGCUACAGAACCAGUCACAGUGUCUUUACAGAUUGAAGGAAGAAGAGAAUUACUCAGUUGUCUUCUCACAACUGUUGCUGGAGUCUAUGCAUGUGAUGUGGCUGAAGCUGUUAGCACAAGUAGAAGAGCUCUUAGAGGAGCGAAAAUUCCUGAAAGUGAUUACAAAACACUGCCUAGUGGUCUGAAGUACUAUGAUUUGAAGGUUGGGAGUGGAGCUGAGGCUGUGAAAGGAUCCCGUGUUGCAGUUCACUAUGUUGCUAAAUGGAAGGGUAUCACCUUUAUGACUAGUAGACAAGGAAUGGGCGUUGGAGGAGGAACGCCUUAUGGAUUUGAUGUAGGCCAAUCCGAGAGGGGAACAGUCCUUAAAGGGUUGGAUUUAGGAGUACAGGGCAUGCGAGUAGGAGGCCAGCGACUGUUAAUUGUUCCUCCUGAACUUGCCUAUGGAAGAAAAGGAGUCCAAGAAAUCCCUCCAAAUGCAACAAUAGAGUUGGAUAUUGAACUGCUUGCUAUCAAACAAAGCCCAUUUGGGACUUCCGUAAAGAUCGUUGAAGGUUAAUGCAAUGAUUUAAUAUCCAGAGUGCAAAGUUGGUAAAAUAUAUGAUAAGACAAUGAUGUCCUCCCACCCAAAUAAUGGCCCUUGUUUUGUUCUUGAUGUGAACGAACCCUAUAAAAUUUAAUCUGUUUCUGGACUGGCAAAGAAACAGCGAAAAAGAUUGAAAAUUUA